AUGGCCAAGCUAGGUUUAACGGCAAUGGUAGCUACCGCCACGACCCUUGCCGGUGCCGAGGCAGAUAAUCCCGAGAAGGUGGAUGCGUGGUUCUCUAGGCUUAGCCCCACCAAGCUCAAGACCACACGCCUCCGCUUCUACUUCCACGACACGCUCUCGGCCAAGAGCCCCACGGCGGUGCAUGUUGCCAAAGCCGCAAUGACCAAGAAGUCCCGGAUGUUGUUCGGGGCCGUCAACAUCAUCGACGACCCAUUGACCGAGGGGCUCGAGCCAGAGUCCCCCCUCGUGGGACCGACUCAGGGGUUCUAUGGCUCAACUAGGCUCGAGUCAGUGGCCCCGCUCAUGGACAUGAACCUCGUAUUCACGAGUCCAAACUACAACGGCAGCACUCUGAGCAUAUUGGGCCGCAACCUGGCGCUCGAGACCUAUCAGGAGUUGCCCAUCGCCGGUGGGACCGGCAUUUUUCGGUUGGCAAGCGGAAUAGCAACGGCGAAGAAGUACUUUGUUGUUGAAUAUAAUGUCAUAGCUAUGCAUUACUAG